UAGUGGAGGCUGCAGCCCGGCGAGGGGGCUUCUGAAGGGGGCUGUCUUAGGGCGUGUACAGUGGGCCUCGGGCGCUCUGGGAGGGGUGGUCCAGUGGGGGCUGCAGCUGGGGUCCAAAGGACGUACGGGGCUGGGCCGUGUCUCCCAUUUGGCGCCCAGGCGUGCUCCACGAGGGGACCGCGUGACCCGGGGAAGUGACGUGGGCGGGUCAGGGAACUGCGAUCCGAGAUGCGAAAUGUAUGCAUGUGUGGUCCCAAGAGGUGACUCUCCGCUUACAUGAACGCUCGGGCAGCAUCACCUUCAGCCUCCCCAGGGCUGCGUGGGGCCUGGGCAGCAUGGCAACCUCCAGCCAGUCCGUGGAGAAGCCGGUGCCCCUGGAGCCCCAGCCAGAGCCCGGGCCGGAGUCUGGGCCGGGCCGCAAGCAUCCGUCCUGGCAGUGCCUGGUGUUCUUCCUCUGCUUCUACGGCUUCAUGGCGCAGAUGCGGCCCGGGGAGAGCUUCAUCACGCCCUACCUCCUGGGCUACAAGAACUUCACGCAGAAGCAGGUCACCAACGAGAUCACGCCGGUGCUGUCCUACUCCUACCUGGCCGUGCUGGUGCCCGUCUUCCUGCUGACAGACUACCUGCGCUACAAGCCAGUGCUAAUCCUGCAGAGCCUGAGCUACAUCUCCGUGUGGCUGCUGCUGCUGUUCGGCCACUCGGUGCUGCACAUGCAGUUCAUGGAGUUCUUCUUCAGCCUCACCAUGGCUGCGCGCAUCGCCUACUCCUCCUACAUCUUCUCGCUCGUGCACCCCGCCCAGUACCAGCGCAUGGCCGGCUACUCGAGGGCUGCUGUGCUGCUGGGCGUCUUCACCAGCUCCGUGCUGGGUCAGCUGCUUGUCACCGUGGGCAGAGUCUUCUUCACCACGCUCCACUACCUCUCACUGGCCUUCCUCACCUUCACCCUGGUCCUCACGAUCUUGCUGAAGCGCCCCAAACGCAGCCUGUUUUUCAACCACAUUGAGCCUGCACCUGGCGGCGGGGCCUCGCCCUCUGAGCUGGACCAGAUGCACCCGGGCGUGGACGGGCCCUCGGGCAGAAAGCUGGGCGGGAUGCGGCUAGCGGCCUGGACCCUCGUGCGCAUGCUCCGGGAGCUGGGGAACAGCCUGCAGCUGCCACAGCUGCGCCUCUGGUCCCUCUGGUGGAUCUUUAACUCAGCUGGCUACUACCUAAUUGUCUACUACGUGCACAUCCUGUGGAAUGUUGUUGAGCCCACUACGGACAGCACCAAGGUCUACAACGGUGGGGUGGACGCUGCCUCUACUCUGCUAGGUGCCAUCACCUCCUUCACGGCGGGCUAUGUGAAGAUCCGCUGGGCCCUGUGGGCAAAGCUGGUCAUCGGAGUUGUGACAGCAUUGCAGGCUGGGCUGGUCUUCCUCAUGUACCACACGAAGAGCAUCAGCCUGUGCUACGUGGCCUUCGUGCUCUUCCGCGGCUCCUACCAGUUCCUGGUGCCUAUCGCCACCAUGUCAGUUCCAGCUGCCUGCUGUGACCUUGAAGCUCAGCAAGGAGCCUUCCUAAGUGACAUAUUUUCUGCUCCUCCUGCUGAGGCCACUUGAGGACAAGGACUGGUCCUUGUGAAGAUUUUCCUCCCAGCCUCCCUGCCCUGUUUCCCAGGCCCUACGUGCUGCUGUGGUCCCAUCUUAGGUAGCCCCAUGGCCUUUCACACCCUCCUUCCCCACUGUGGGGAAUGGUGGCUCCUGGCCAAGGAUGACUGAGUGUGCCAGCUCACCUUCUGUCCAGGGUUCUCCUGAUGCCCUCCUACUACUUACACCCCUACAGACCUCCCCGCGCCUGCCCAGGGACAUCCUGAGAGCUGCUGCCCGUCUGGCCUGUGCUUUCCAGAACCUUUCCUGACCCUCGUUCUGCUUGUAUCUAAGACCCUCUCUGCUCCUUUGAGCCGACCUUUCACAAAGCUGCACACUCACAGCACACGCACUCACGCCACACGUGCUCACACCCCACAGAUACACAGGAGAGCCUACCUCCCUGCGCCUCCCACACCUAGCAGGUGUGUCUGCCACCACAGUCCCCCCAACUCCCCAUGUGGGGCACCUCCAGUCCCAUCCUCCUUCCAGUCACGCCCAUGUCAGAACAUCUGUCCUUACGUUCUCUUGAGCCGAGACAGUAGCCUCAGUCCCCUGACCCUCAGCGGUGCCCCCCGCAGUGGUGUGGUGGCCUGACUCCCCUGUGCCACCACCCACACUUGCAGCCUGCACCUGCCCUGGGUUCUGAGAGCCGGGACCAAACCCAGUGUCUUUCCUGCUCUGCUCCUCGGGGCCAAAGGCUGGCAGACACCCUGACCACACUCCUGCUAGAAGACAAGCUUCUCGUUUAGCUGUCCAAAAUGCAGGUGUAUUUGGUCUUCUUGGUGGCAGGCGAUGUCACGUGGCUAGUCCCCAGCUGAUGGGGAUGCCGUCUCCAGUACUUUGCUACGACAGCCAACACUGAGAUCAAUAUCCUCUCAACCUGCAUUUUUCUUUCCAAUUCCGGUCACGGCCUCAGAUGUUCCCAGAAAGAGCCUGGCUAGGUCAAAGGGCACGUGCACUAGCAAGGGGGUGUUGGUUGAUGCCGCAGAUGCUGCGGGGCAAGCGAGCUGCCCCUGGGACUUGGGGGCCAGCCUGCCUUUUCUCGGUGCAGCAGGGCUGGCUCCUCCCCGGAGUUAGCGGCCCCUUCAUCACUGUGGACUCUUUCUGCUGGGACUUCUUUUUUCCUUAUUGACCCGUAGUACACUUGCAUCCUCCAUGUGAUAGGAGCCUUCAAUCACGUGUGUUACGCUUUGCCUUUAACCCUACUUUCGGAGUUCACAGUGCACCACGUGAAACACUUGUGCCUAUGGCGUGGCGUGAACCGUGCUGGCGGGGCCGGACCCAGCUCCGGGUUGCCAGGAGUCCGUCUGUCCUCCAGGCAUUUGACUGACGUGGUCUCUUCUCUGUCUGUGUGCAGUCUGAGUCCUGUGGCUGCCCAUUCCGGUGUUUCGUGUGUUUCUCGCUCCCGGACCCCAGUCCGGCAGAAGGCCCUUGGCUCCCGGCGUUCUCUUUAAGGGCUUCUUGGGUGUCUUUGUUUGUUAUAUCUUCCAAACUUCAGAAUGGUUCUUAUGUAGUCAUUAUUAUUACUAUUAUUUUUAUCCUCACUCGAGGACAUUUU